AUUAUACUUUUCUAGUGGAGACAAAAAAAAAAUCGUUUUGAAAAGAAAUUUUGAGAAGGAACGCAUGGAGAGGGAAGCUUCCGAAAAAGCAUGUGCAGAAGCCAUAGCUCGGAUGGAAGGUUUCAGCAAAUCAGAGCCUACCCCAGAAGCAUCUGAAAUCAGAAGCCCUUCUAAGAAAAAAGGGAAAAAGAAAGUACAGUGGGAAACGGGCGAAUCAACGGCUCACUGUAAAGAGAAAACCUGGACUGACAUUGAUUCACAGAAAGCCAACAACAAGCUUAUGAAAAUAUGGGAUCAGGAAACGGCAACAAAUUGCAUUAAAGCCCGAGUUUAUGGUUAUAAAGUCAGUGAUGCUGAUCUCAUGUCUCUAAAAAGUACGUAG